AUGAUGCACUUUAGCCUUUUUCUACUGCCCAUGGCCAUGGCUGCCAUCGCCCUGGCUGCCACGCCAUCACCGGAUGCGUGUGAGGCUCGCGCUCCGAGCAUGCUUCAAGUGGGCCAGACCGCAAAGCACGAGAUUGUGCUCAGCUCUGUUGUCUAUGCUACCCCGGGCAAGGGGAAGGUCUGGCAGGACGAGGGGGAAGACAAAGGGAGCGUCAGCUUUGACAAGUCCACCAGCCCGGAUGACGGCACUCCUGGUGCGUGUGCCGCAGCCUGCGACUCCACGCCAGGUUGCAAUGGCUUUGCCAAGUGCCACGGAUGGCGCGGAACGUGCUGGCUAAAGCACAAGACCUUUGAUGGCCCCAUCGCAGAUGAACCUACGAAAAAUGUGUGGGGGUGCACAUCGUUCUAUGCCACGGGCGAGGAGUCCGGUGGAGGCACUGAGACUACCACCACUACCACCGCCCCUGGCGACGGCGUCUACUUGACACCGGGUAGCGGCCUCGUGUGGACUGACGAGGGUGACGACAAGGGCUCUGCCUACAUCCCCUGGGGCCAGCGUGGGGAUAGCACCUUCUGUGCCGGAGCCUGCGACUCCACGCCAGGUUGCAAUGGCUUUGCGCAGUGCGGCUCAACAUGCUGGCUAAAGCACAAGACCUUUGAUGGCCCCAUCGCAGAUGAGCCUACGAAAAAUGUGUGGGGGUGCACAUCGUACUACUAUGCCGGGGCGGCCGCGGGCCAGGACGCUGACUCCACGACCACGUCCACGACCAUGUCCACGACCACGCCCACGACACCCCCGACCACCACGACCACGCCGACACCCCCGACAACGGUCUACGAGACACUCGGCAAGGACCUCGUGUUUGCGGACCAGGGGGCGCCAGUGUCGCUGCCGAUCCCGUUCUUCUCGAGUGGUGAGUGUGCCGCACACUGCGACGCCGUGGCACUUUGCAAUAGCUUUGUCAAGUGCGGCGAUGGGCAGGGAACGUGUUGGCUAAAGUUCAGAGCCUUUAUGGGCCCUUCUGCCGAUGAAGCCACCCAAUCCGGAUUCGCCUGCACGUCGUUCUAUGCCCCGGGCAAGGAGGUCAUCUACAAGACGCCCGGCAAGGACAUAGUGUGGCUGGACGAGGGGACCGACAAAGGAAUGUGGGCCGAAGAUUUGUCUGGAAGUCCGGAUGACGGCACUCCUGGUGCGUGUGCCAAAGCCUGCGAAACCAAUGAGGGUUGCAAUGGCUUUACCAAGUGCCACUCCGUCAGCGGAGGGGUCGUCACGUGCUAUAUGAAGCACAAGACCUUUUUUCACGGCCCUGCACAAGCUCUAGGCGUCAGAGUCGCAAUCUUGAACACGGGUCGUUCUGGGGAGAAUCGCGCAUCCUCAGCCAAUAGCGGCUCGAUUCCUGGUUCGGUCUCCGGCUUUCUCGCGCCAGAAGCCGUGAUGAUGCACUUUAGCCUUUUUCUACUGCCCAUGGCCAUGGCUGCCAUCGCCCUGGCUGCCACGCCAUCACCGGAUGCGUGUGAGGCUCGCGCGCCGAGCAUGCUUCAAGUGGGCCAAACCGCAAAGCACGAGAUUGUCAUCAGCUCUGUUGUCUACGCUACCCCGGGCAAGGGGAAGGUCUGGCAGGACGAGGGGGAAAACAAAGGGAGCGUCAGCUUUGACAAGUCCACCAGCCCGGAUGACGGCACUCCUGGUGCGUGUGCCGCAGCCUGCGACUCCACGCCCGGUUGCAAUGGCUUUGCCAAGUGCCACGGAUGGCGCGGAACGUGCUGGCUAAAGCACAAGACCUUUGAUGGCCCCAUCGCAGAUGAGCCUACGAAAAAUGUGUGGGGGUGCACAUCCUUCUAUGCCACGGGCGAGGAGUCCGGUGGAGGCACUGAGACUACCACCACUACCACCACUACCACCGCCCCUCGCGACGGCGUCUACUUGACACCGGGUAGCGGCCUCGUGUGGACUGACGAGGGUGACGACAAGGGCUCUGCCUACAUCCCCUGGGGCCAGCUUGGGGAUAGCACCUUCUGUGCCGGAGCCUGCGACUCCACGCCAGGUUGCAAUGGCUUUGCGCAGUGCGGCUCAACAUGCUGGCUAAAGCACAAGACCUUUGAUGGCCCCAUCGCAGAUGAGCCUACGAAAAAUGUGUGGGGGUGCACAUCGUACUACUAUGCCGGGGCGGCCGCGGGCCAGGACGCAGACACCACGACCACGACCACGCCGACACCCCCGCCCACGGUCUACGAGACACCCGGCAAGGACCUCGUGUUUGUGGACCAGGGGGCGGGCAUUCAUAUGACCUGGUUCUCUUCGAGUCCGGAUGACGGCACUCCUGGUGAGUGUGCCGCACAAUGCGACGCCACGGCAAAUUGCAAUAGCUUUACCAAGUGCACGGCCCGCGAUGGGUCGGGACAAUGUUGGCUAAAGUUCAAAGCCUUUAUGGGCCCUUCUGCCGGUGAAGCCACCAAAUCCGGAUUCUGCACGUCGUUCUAUGCCCCGGGCAAGGAGGUCAUCUACAAGACGCCAGGCAAGGAACUUGUGUGGGUGGACGAGGGGACCGACAAAGGAAUGUCAGACUUUAAACUGUCUCAAAGCCCGGAUGACGGCACUGUUAGCACUCCUGGCGCGUGUGCCUUAGCCUGUGAGAACCGGCGGUCGAUAGGUUGCAAUGGCUUUGCCAAGUGCGUCGAAUUUGAUUCCUGCAGAACAUGCGGCGUAGGGACCGUCAAGUGCUGGCUGAAGCACAAGACCUUUUCUGGCCCCGUUGUAGAAGAAGCCACGACGAAGGCUCCCGCAAUCGCCGGCGUCUGCACAUCCUUUUAUCGCGAGGCCUCCCGUUUCAUCACGGAGGUUGAGGGGGUCUGGGUUGGAAGCCCGAUCCCUGGUUCUUUAAAUCCAGGAGGCCUGAGGACCUCCGAGGUGCUGUACUAG